AUGUUGGAUAUGCUGAUCAAGGGCGGACAGGUCGUUACCCCAUCGGGGGUCGGUAACUGGGACGUGGGGGUGCAGGGCGAGCAAAUUGUUGCCGUCGCCCUCCCCGGCGUGCUGUCGGAGGAAGGGGCCACGGUGAUCGAUGCGGCGGGCAAGAUUGUGGUGCCGGGUGGCGUUGAGGCCCACGUCCACGCCGCAGCAAACGUGCAGCCGGGCGCUCGCGAGACCGUACCGGGCACGCCCAACGCCGGGCCCGCGGUACAUUCUCUGGGCGCUCUCUGGGGCGGCACGACGACGGUAGUCGACUUCGCUCCAGUGCCCAAUGAGGGCGACCUUGCCGCCGGAAUUCACGAUUUCAUGAGCGUCUGGCAAGGCAACGCCUACACUGACUACACUACUCACUGCAUCUACCGCAACGCCAACAGUCCGGACUCAAUCGCCCGGUUCCACGAGUUGGUGGAGGCGGGAUUCCCCAGCGUCAAAAUCUUCACCACCAACAUCCGCCCGCCCGAUGCCGAGGGCACCAGCCUCACGCCUCUCGGACGGAUUGACACCGGUCGCUUGGGCGACCUGAUGGAGCAGAUGCACCGCCACGGCGGCGUGCUGGCCGUUCACGGCGAGGACGACGGCUGGUGA